AAAGUGAUUCAGUGCUUUAAUUCAUCUUAAUCAUUCUAAUGAAGCACAUCUGAAGGGUUUUGGACUCGUCUUUUAAGUUUAAACAGACCACCGUACACUAAAUCUAUUAUUAUGAGAACACUUCAUUUGCUUAUACAGAGAGAGGGCAUGUGUUUUCAUUUAAUUGUGUGAUUAAUAAUUCCACAGCAUUUGAUAUAUAAAGAUUUUUCUGGCUACAACAAACUAAAUCAUGCACAAAAACACACUCAAUGCAGGAGUCUGAUUUUUGUGAAUAAAAGGCAUGUUCCUUCAUGAAGACUGAACUGGACCUUACACAAACAGGAGAGUUCCUCAUGAGAUACUGCUGGUUAUUAUCACAGGAGCAUGCUUCGUACUGUUGGGUAAAACCUAGUAGUUUGAAGGAUAGCGACGAAUCUUUAAAAUGACUGAAUUUAAACAAAAGACCCUUAAAACUGUUAUCUGUGUCUCUGGAGCACAGUUCUAUUCGUAGAAAUACACAGCUUGAGGCACAUGCAUAUAGUUUCCUAAACCAUCAGGAUAUUAAGAUCGUGCUGUCGGAUUUCCUAUAUAUUAGGGAUAUUCAUCUUUAAAGGAGAUUUUUUUCUACCAGCAUAGAUUCUUUUCCAGCAGCUUUCAGGCGCCCUAUGAUCCUCAGUCUCGCUCCGUGACUCUGAAUGCUCGUGAAAGAGCGAUCACGAAACGAACGGGCGCGCGCUCUGACGGACUCGGAGCGUCUCCCGAGCUCGAUGACGAGCUCGGCUGGUGAUGUCACCGCGGACGGAUCGUCGUAACGCGUCGGCGGAGCUGAUGGCGUCACUGCGCGUCCCGAGCGCGCCGGCGGAUCUCAGCAGCGGAGAGCGACGCGACCGUGGCUCCGGCGGCCGGGAUCGAGCGACGCCCAGCCGGACACCGAGCGAGGAGACGAUGGAGGCUGUAGCGGAGGAGCUGCGGGCCGGCUCCCGGAUCCCGGUGACCGUCGAGCAGAUCGUCAACGACACGCUGGUGGUGACGCUCACGUACCGGGAGAGGAGCUACACCGGCAUCCUGCUGGACUGCGGCAGAAAGACUGGACUGUUUUGCCUUCCAGAUGUUGUUGGAAAAUCCGAAGAGAGCCUCAUAUUGAGACCGGACUGUGAAGUCUCGAGUGAAGAGGCUUCCUCUAAACCCGUUAGUCAGCCGACACAGCGACCAAAAGAUGAAAACACGGAGCCUGAGAUGGCAACUCCUCCCGCUCCCGUACCUAUCCCGGUGCAACCGGGUCAGCCCACGUAUCCGCCGUACUUCGAAGGAGCGCCGUUUCCGCAGCCCAUGUGGGUCCGGCAUACAUACAACCAAUGGGUACCGCAACCGCCGCCGCGUCCGAUCAAGAGGAAGAAAAGACGAAGUCGAGAACCUGGAAGGAUGACCAUGAGCACGAUCCGACUGAGACCUCGGCAGGUGCUGUGCGAGAAAUGCAAAAACACACUAAAUAGCGACGAGGAGAGCAAAGAUGGACCAACGGUGCCCAAAACGUCCAGGAAGGAGAAUGCUCCUCAAGACGAGGAUGACUCUAAAGCGACUCCGGUCAAGAGGAAGGACGACGGAGACGGCAUCAACAAAGAGUCAAAGAGACGAGAGGAAUCGACGGCGUAUGACGGCAAGCGCUUCCGGAAGGACAAGAAAGACGAUGAGAAGUUUCCCAAAGGGGACGUCGUUCCCCACAGUCCCGUGAUCAAGAUCUCUUACAGCACUCCGCAAGGUAAAGGCGAAGUGAUGAAGAUCCCCUCGAGAGUCCACGGCUCGGUCAAACCCUUCUGCCCAAAGCAGCUUCUGCAGAACGGCCACAGAGAGCAGAACGCUUCCAAGGAACCCCAGAAAGUCGUGCAGACUCCUGUAGACGCCAUACGAACGGGUCUCACCAUUUCCAUUCCCAAACUCAAGCUCCCAAAGCUGAACAAUCCGGACGCCCCUUCGCCCAAGAUACGCUUGAGAUCCCGGGCCGACGGAGCGGAGCAGGUGUCCGUUUACGAGGCGGAAUUGGUGGACGGCGUUCGGAGGAAGAGUCCGAGAGUUCCCAACUCUCAGUCAGAAGACGGUGCGGAGAAGAAUUCGCUGGAGCUUUGGUCGGGCGAGGAAGUGGAACGGCACGGCGACUUGACUUUGCUCAUCAACUUCCGGAAGAGAAAAGCAGACUCCUCCAGUCUCUCGGUGUGCAGCAGCGACAGUCUAGAUGAGUCCAAGUCGUUCAGCUCUGACGGAACAUCACCGGAAAUCUGCGAUCUCGCUCCGGGCGACGACAUCUCCGUGUCGUCUUCCUCUCACGGGGAAAGCAAGACUGUUCCGCCUCUAACCGUGCGACUGCACACUCGCAGCAUGACUAAAUGCGUGACCGAGGAAGGUCAUGCCGUAACGGUGGGCGACGUCGUCUGGGGGAAGAUCCACGGAUUCCCCUGGUGGCCUGCGAGGAUACUCAGUAUUAGCGGUAUUCGUAGAGAAGAAGGCGAGGUCGAUGCUCCCUGGCCCGAAGCUAAAGUCUCCUGGUUCGGAUCUCCCACCACCUCCCAACUCUCGGUUGCCAAACUCUCGCCGUUCCGCGAGUUCUUCAGGUCACGCUUUAACCGCAAAAAGAAAGGGAUGUACCGCCGUGCCAUCAUGGAGGCCGCCAAGGCGGUGGGACACAUGGGUGCCGAAAUCACAUCUCUGCUGGCUCACUGCGAAACUUAGUGGACGAGGACAGACUGGACUGGCUGUCAUUCAGGGUUUUGCAGGCGCUCCCAGGACGUGGCGGUCUCCCCGGACGGAGAGCGCCUUCAUUUGCCACGGAUAUCAUGAGGGAAGGUGCUUUAUUUCCCCAAACACGCGGCUGGAGGAAGAAAAGGCGGCGCGCGGACCGCCUUCGAGGGCCGCGAGGAGAACGCGGGAACCUCGGAGCGAACUAUUCCCCCGUUUGUCUCUCCGUCUUUCUUUUGUUUGUUUUUUAGGACGUACAUUAUAUUAGAACAAGUAGCUCGACACUAAAUCCGAAUGUAUUUAUUCACAAAAAAAACACAAAAAAACAAAAAACAAACACUCGACCGGUGACUGGCCUCCUGUAAGAUCACACUGCUGCUGUUUCUUAUGACUCUUACGUCCGUUUAGGAUCCGAGCGGAACGACGAAUAUCCGUAUUAUUAUACAGAACGACGAGUCUUACUGUGUCUGUUUCUUCAGAUUAUGAAAAUGUGAACUUCCUUUUUGCAUCAUGUAGGUCUUACACCAUGCAGUAUGUCAGUUCGUCCGUCGCUUCACUUUCUCUGUCCUUUCCUAGAAAUAUAUCUCUCGUAUGUCUCUCCAUCCUCUUCUUCACUCUUGAUUAUGUGAUGUUUUGCUUUAAUUAUUUAAUGUGUCACGAUAAGAGAAGCACUUUAUCCGUACCUUGGUGGCCUGCUGUGAACACUAGCUGGAGUUUGCAGACUCUCGGAGGAGCCAACCCAUCGCUUUUGAAGUGAUUUUUUUUUUUUUUAGUUUUUAAUGAUGCAGAUUUCAAUUAAAGGACGCUUUCAGGAAGUUGUGUACACUGUAUUCUCACGUUUAGCCCAGUUUACGUUGCUUUCCUCCUUUAUGAAAUGUUCCACUGGAGAUCUGGAGAGAACUGUACGCUCCUAUGCACCGUCUCUUUUAUUAAAGCAUAAAAAGCA